AUGGCUGUCAAUCCAUCAAAGAGACUUGCCUGGAGUGACUCAGAUGCUUUUGAUUCAGAGCCCAGAAAAAAUCCUGAAGAUUCCCUUGAGGCCCACAAGAAGAAAUCAAAAGAGAAGGAAAGGACACUGGCAGACAGUCAGUGGGACAUGGAUGUACAGCCCCUCAUUUCAUCUUCUAAAUGGCUUCAGCUUCAUGGGCUCAAAAGAAACAAAUUGUCCUUGCCCCAGAUUUUGUCGCAGAUUGGAUUCCAGCACAGGCAAGAUUAUGUGACCACCUUGGGGAAACUUGUGGCUUCUCGGUAUGCAGAUGGUCUGUUCCCUCAGUACAAGAGGGUGCAAGAUGGCAGCGUGUACCAUCUGACAGCCAAAAAAGAACUGAUUCUUCAUUUUGUGGAUUGCCUGAUGGAAGCUAUUGAGCUCUACCAGCAGCGAAUGGAAUGGUUAACCAGCGGGAGCCGGCAGAUAUUUGGGGUGAUUCAAGAACAGUGCAUUGUCAUUGUUAUGGAUUUUGGCACUGCAGCUCCAGCUGAAUUUGAUCUAUGUCGGGAUGCACUUACUAUGGUGCUUGAGGAACAGGUGACCCAAAUUGCCAGAUUCAACCUCAUUUGGGCUGCUCAGGAUCUGGUGAAGUGGCAACAGAAAUCUACUCCUGUGUCUGAGCAUACUGUAAAGUCUGCAGUUACAUGGCUCUGGAAGCUGGACCCUGUGACAACUGCCAGCCCCAGCAGCUCUGCUGGAGCCCUGCUGGAAGGCAGGAGUGAUGAGUCGGUUGAAGCCGUUUAUUACUUUGCUGUGGGUGAUAUUUCAGUGGACACAAAGCAGCUACUCCUUGAGAAAGUUUCUCAUGGCCCAUGUCCAGUCAACACCGUAUCUUUCAAUGCCAGGGAAGCUGAAACUAUUUGUUUUCUGAAGGAGUUGAGCUGCUUGGCCUCUGGCAGAUUCCAUGCUUUUGCUGAGAAGAACAAUUAUGGAGAUUCUCCUGGACCUGCACUAAAAUAUGAAGAGGAUGGAAAAGGUCUAAUUGCCCUGAAUUCCAGAAGAGUGGAAGGGCGAACGCCACUAGUAGCUGGUGUCCGUGAAGACGUCUUUCUGGUCUGGAAGGAGUUGGAGGAAGCCAAGAGUACAGUCACACAAGUUCAGAAGAUUUUAUCAGAAUCUGACAAGCCUGCUUCUCAAGAUGCAACCAGUGCUGAUCAUCCAUUGCAAAAGCACACAUCUGACAAAUACUUGUCUUCUGAGAAGUGGCUGCAGAAGUAUGGCUUGAAGGCUCAGAAGCUCACACUUUACAAUGCACUUGCUGAUUGUACUUUUCACCACGUGGAUGGAAUUGUUGACAUAAAAACCAAACCAGAGGAUGAAUCUUCACAAACUGAUGCUGAGACAGAGAGGAAGGUAAUUAAUGCAAAAUACUGUGACAAGUUUGUACAGACCUUCUGGAAAGAUGGAUCUGUGGUUCAUAUAUAUGUUAGUACAGAAAAGUAUAAGCAGUACAAAGAGAAAAUGAGGACGGCUCUCAGAAAAGUGGAAGAAAGGAUUAAGUGGCUUCAACGAGGAAGCAGAGGGCUCUUUGGUAAUGUGUGUGAAGAUAAUGUCCAUAUUCUUAUUGACACAUCUGAGUCUAUGAAGGACAAGCUGCCACUGGUGAAGGAGAAAAUAUUUCAGUUCAUACAGGAACAACUGAGACACAAAAAGAGAUUUAACUUCAUGAAAUUUAGUGCCCAAGCAGUGACUUGGCAAGAGAAACUUGCUGAAGUUAAUGAGGAAAAUUUGCAAGAUGCUUGGCUUUGGAUAAAAGAACUUGAGGCUGGAAGUUCCACAAAUACACUCCAAGCUCUCCAAAUUGCUCUUGCUGAUACUGCCACUCAGGCUAUUUACCUCUUGACUGAUGGAAGACCUGACCAGCCUCCCCAAACAAUUUUGGCCCAGGUCCAGCUUCACUGUAAAAUUCCGAUCCAUACUGUGUCCUUGAACUGUGAUGAUAGAGAAGCCAAUAAAUUUUUGUAUGAACUCUCUACUGAAACAGGGGGCAGGUUUUGUUAUUACAACAUUUAUUUGACUGAUCCUGAUGCAGAGUUUAUUAUUAGUGAAGACAUAGAUAUUUUGAAAAGAGAGGUUGAACAAGGAGAAAGAGACCUAAAGAAAAUGAAGAACAUUCAUACUGAAUGUCUGAUGAUGGAUUGUUAUAAGGGAGAAAAUGACCCAGAGAAUAACAGUAGGCCAGGCUGUUCUUCAGAAGAUCCAGCACUGACACCAUGUCAGCAAAUCUGUCAAACCACUGCUGACAGCCCAGUCCGAAGGAAGAAAGCAUUAUAUGCAGGGCAAACAAAGACGAGUCUGCUGCGAAUCCUGAGCCACAGUGUGAAAUCUAGGGACAAAAGCCCAGAGGAAGGAAUAUCUGUGGAAAAAAAGAGCUUUUCUGUCAAUAAGAACAUGAAUUUCAAAGGCAAGUUGCCGGAAUAGGAAUCUCUUUGUGGGGCAGCUGAUCUGAAAAUGCAGAAAGCUGUGAAGAGGACAUCUAAAAGUUCUCUAGAUACAUCUUCAGCCCUCUGGUUAAAGACUCAUGGGUUGGUUGCUAGGAGACUCACUAUCUUGGAUGCCUUAGCUCCUGUCCCUCAUGGUACCAAAUACAUCAAAGUUCUGGACAAGCAUGUGUUUUCUAAAGAAUCUGAUGAGAUGUUACUGCUGGCCCAUAUAAGCAACAACAAGAAGGAGAUCACACUAAUUACUCCUCAGGCAGUGAAUCUUGAUACCUAUAAGGCGAAGCUGGAACAAGCAAUUAAAUUAUAUGAAAGGCGUCUAAACCUGAUUAUUUGGAGAGCACUGUCUCAGGAGGAAAAAGACAAAUUUAAAGAGGACGGGCCAGUUCAAUAUAUGCAGCAUAAAGAAGCUUUGCUGGAGUCUUUAGAGAAUUUGGGAUGGCCAAUUUCCUGUGAAGAUGUAAUAUUGUUAGAAGAUGAGAUCCUGGCAGCAUUAACAUAUAUACAACAAGCCUCUGAUCUUCAGGAAGCUGUCAAAAAGGAAACUGAGAAAAGCCCAGAAUCACAGAUAAGCAACAAUAAAAAGAGACUUCAAGAGGAAACGGUGAAGUUGAAGUCUAAAAAAAUUCCAAAAGGCCAAGUGUUGGUGACUCACAGAAGCCAAAAGGUCAUUGCAAGAUCAGAUGUCACAGGAUUUUAUUAUCCAGGAACUGUGAUAAAGAAUAUCAGUUCUACCUGUGCACUUGUUGACUUCAACAAUGGGGAGACCUGUGUUGUACCUGUGAAGUUCACUCUGCCUGUGGGAGGUUCUAUCCCAUGCCCAUCUCUGCAGGUGGGAGACUAUGUGUUUGCAAGAACUGGGACACAGACAGGAGAUGAAUAUUAUGCACCUGCCAUUGUCAUAGCAACACCAAAGAGGCUGAAAAUGGAUGAUAAACUCUACACAGUUCUGAUGUUCAACAGCAGGAAAGAGCACUGUGUAAGAAGUGAGCUCAUUAAAAUCAGCCAAAUGAAGUAUGCCUUCUCCUGUCAGUACAUAAGGGUGGUGCAGAUGGUGGAAUAUGUGACGUGA